AUUUUAUUUUCUGUUCUGUUACUCGUUUGAAAUAGUGUCUGUGUCGGAUCGGUAUCUAAAGUUGGUACCUACAUUAAUUUCUAUUUACCUGAACUGAAGUUACGAUGAAUUCAAAACAAAUGAUUCGACGUACUUGUAAAGAUAGGUACCUACUUGACAUUCAAAUUAUUUUUAAAUGUUGCCCGAGCUGCAUAAAUUCAUUAAAUUAUUUCCAUUGAAAAAAAAAUUUAAGUUAUUAGAAUGGCUGAUCCUCCACCUCAUUCCACUUGAAGAACUGAGGACUUAGUGCCAUCAUUCAGCUUGAUUUCCAUAUUAUAUCUAUAUUUUCCAAAUGACACCGAAAACCUUUUGGAUCUCUCUUUAUGGCACGCUUCUGUUAUCUUUUGUGAUUUGUUCUCAUAAAAAAUUGAGACGUGAUAGACCACCUGUUCGGAUUAGCGAUUGGUUCACUCCAGGUUUCACUGAAGAAAUCGAAGAAGAAAGCUCAACCACUCAAAAGACAACACCUACAUGGAUGUUCGUCCAUCGACGACGAUCGUAUUGGACCAGCGUCGGAUUCGAAAAGAUCUCAACUACUGACACAUUUGUCGACAAAACCAUGAUGUUGGAGAGAUUCUUCGAAACCUAUCCAUAUCACAUAGUGACCUAUCCGUACAAAUUUGGUAAAACUAUCAACAUCGAUAUGAUCUAUCGAUUCGUCGGCAUCGAGUUAAAUGAGACAAGAAGACCCUUGGAAAAAGAAUUCACAUCGAGUUACUCGUUAUUCGCAAACCAAACGGAGAUAGGUAAAAAGCGCAAAGAUAUAAUACAAAACCAUCUGGCAGAGUAUCCAGUUUUAUACUUGAACUUGAUAGGAUUUUACAUAGGAUUGGGUCAUUCGAAUGAAAGAAUGAACAGUAUGGGCGAUAUAUUGAAACGAUGCAUCGUUGAAUACGAACCUUUAUUGGAUUCGGAAUUAGUUCAAAACAAUCAAACUCAUGCUGAAAAUUUCGAUUUCAUUAGGAAAGCUAUCGAUAAAGAAUUAACUUACGUUGACAUUAUGAACAGUUUGUACGAGUUUUCUCGCAUACUCCAUAAUCAUUUUAAUAAAAAGGUCGUCUUGUUGAUCGACGAUUUCGAUUUCCCUUUUAAUAGCGCCGUCAAUAAAGGUUUCGGGUACGAGUUGGUCGAUCUAUUGGUCAUCAUGUUGGAUAGAAUGUUCCAUCCUAGUGACGACCAAUGCCACGUGGGUUAUGCUCUGAUCACUGGAUUUAGUCAUACGAUGGCUACUUUGAUCAGUACAAAGGUUCCGGAAAUUAGGCACCUCGAAGCUUUUGAAAAUCACGUAUUCGCUCCAUUCUACGGUAUUACUGAUGAAGAACUGGCAGUCUUAUUGAUGGGUCAUUCAAAUCUAACCGACGCAGAUAGGAUAAAUAUACCUAGAUGUUAUCAGGGAUAUUUGAUCCGCGACACGAAUCGGUCAAUCUACAACACUUUCUCGAUCAUCGAACAAAUCAAAAAAGACUGUAUGGGGUGUAACAAUUCUUGGUACAACAAUCAAUCAUUUUGUUUCACUUUCGUCGAGUUCUUGAAUAAUAAGCAAAUCUACGAAUACAUGUUGCGAUUGAUUUUCUCGAACGUGAUUGAAAUCCGGUUACUUCCUUGCAUCGGAUUGGAAGAUUUGAACGAUCUGUGGAGAAUCGAACGAGCGCAGAAGAGUCCUUGUGAUUUUGAUCCACGAGUGCUUUUCUCGUUCUUCUUCGAAUACGGUUACUUGAGCUACACUGGUCGAGAUAAUUGGUACAGGGUGCCCAAUACAGAAAUAUCGGAAGGUUUCAAGCAGUCUAUGAUGAAAUUCUAUGACUCGAUACUUUGUCAAGGGGAAAGUAGGCAGAAAUGGUAUGAAAAAUACGCGUUAAGAGAGAUUUUUAAAGCCAAAAGUGUGACCAAUGAAAUGUUGAUCCAUUUUCAAAACGCAUUGAAGAAUUUAAUUCGAACAAGUGAAAGCUUUUAUACAACUCGACAUGCAAAUUUAUUCCAUUACCAAGCUUUAAUUGAUUACAACGCGAGGAAGGAUUUGGCAAAUGGGACUAUUAGAUCAGUGGUUUAUAAUGAAUCCGUAGAGCAACCCGUUCAUAUUGUUAUGAUCAGUUUUCAAUCCAUCAUGGCACUUUGCAUUGGGCUAACGGAGAAUGGACCUGCUGAAAGUACUCUAGAAUAUUUGUAUCGUUAUUCGAUCACUUAUGAGACCGAUCUGCCUGCCAAAAUGAUCAAAUAUAUAGGAAUUAGUUUUAACCAAAAUAAAAAUGCAGAUGCGCUUAAAAUGGCCUAUGAUUGCAGAGGUCAUAUUGAUGCUGAAAAUUAUCAAGCGUUGUUGGCUACGGCUACUCCAUCAACGGCUGCGAAAAGAAUAGGAAGGAAUUCUAGAUACAAGAUUAAAAAAUCACUUGAGAAAAAUGAGAGAGAUGUUUCGGUUUGAUUUUAAGCAAUCACCCAUAAGAAAGGGAAUAGUUCUGCAAUAAUGGGGGUUCAACCUAAAAAUAUAUAAAUAAUUCAAGUUCA